AUGGGUAGAGUCAAAUCAGAGCAGCCCACCGGCAAAAAGGCUCAAGCCAACGGCCGAGACCAGCGCGAUCGCGGUGGCCAUGGAAAUGGACGUGUCCAGCAGGAUCGAACGCAUCGCAUUCCCGCCCCGUGGUCCGCUCGCGAUGAUUUCGCCAUGGGACGUGUUCGCUCCCCCGUCCCCGACCCCGCCCCCGAGCCUUGGGUCUCUGUGGGAGACCUCGACAGAAACCUCCAGAGGUGGAUGAGAGAGGGACAGCGGGACGAGGUGCUGUCCAGAUGGGGCCUGGGACCCGGCGAGUACGAUAUUCUCGAGGACCGCGUCCUCGCUGACAUUGUGGCCAAGUGGCCCGACGCGACUGUCGCCCUGCUCUACGACAAGGCGCAGGAGGCCAAGGAGCACGUCUACCGCCACUUUGCGGGCCAGGGCAAAGUCCGCAUCAGUCUCGAGGCGAGCGACUGGCUCAAGCUUGAGGGCUUGUGGAAGCUUAUGGACAAGGCUCACAGUCACGAGGAGCGCAAGUACCCUUUUGACUACACGUACGGCCAGAUCCGCUUCUUCGACCGCGGUUUGAUGGAUAAGCAGUACGCCUUCUACUUCAAGAAGUACGAGCACGAGCGCGCCCGCGCCCAGGACGUCGCUCCGGCUGCCAUCGCUACGGCUGCCACCGCUGCCGCCACCCCGAUCGCUGCCCGCCCGAUGUCGGUUCCUCCUGCCGCCGCUGGUACCUACCUUAUCCGAGAGCAGGCGCACAUGCCGACCGCCUGCAUGGCGGCGCCUGGAGGUCCUCCUCUCGCUGCCCAGGGUGGUGGUGGUUGCUGUACUGGCAACCACGGUCCUGGAACCUUCGUCCCGAUGGCUUCGCAGGGAGCCUGUAUGAUGGGAGGAGGAGGAGGAAUGGGCCAGGCGGUCGUCCAUGGAGGUACCGCGGGCACCUUCUACCCUGCGCCUCAGCACCAUCACCAUCAUCAUGGAGCGCAGCCGGGACCUGGCAUGGGCUACUACUAA